GCAUUGAUUCUGGCAAGUUAAACUCCCCACAAUUGCGAGUAUAAAAAGCAAUUGAUUUUUUUUUCACCAGUUUGGUUCUCAAUUGCUUAUCUAUUUUCAUAUUCAACAUUUGAAUUGUAACAAAAACCAUGUCUACCGAUAAUAAACCUAUUGAAAUUUUAAAGUUUGCUGACGAUAAGGAUGGAGCAUACAAGAGACGUCCUUCUUCAUUCAGAGAAUUUAUUAGUUCUAAGCCUGGUGCAAGGUUCCCUGCUGAAGCUGGUAGAUAUCACCUUUACGUUUCCUUGGCCUGUCCAUGGGCUCAUCGUACGUUAAUUACUAGAUAUCUUAAGGGAUUGACUUCCAUUAUUGGGUUGUCCAUUGUUCAUUGGCACAUGGAUAGUCAAGGAUGGAGGUUUAUCAACAAAGAGGAAUUGGCUCUGUUGAAACAAAAGGAUGAUGUUUCUUUAGGCACUGUUGACCAUUUAUAUAACUUUGAAAGAAUCAGACAAUUGUACUUCAAGGCUGAACCUGAUUAUAAUGGAAGAUUCACUGUUCCUGUGUUGUGGGACAAAAAGGAACAAACCAUUGUUAACAAUGAAUCGUCUGAAAUUAUCAGAAUGUUAAACACUGAGUUUAACUCCUUAUUGCCUAGCGAAUAUGCUGAUGUCAACCUUGUUCCUUCUGAGUUAGAAGCUCAAAUUGACGAAAUCAAUUCUUGGGUUUAUGAUAACGUCAACAAUGCGGUUUAUAAAGCUGGUUUUGCCACUAAGCAAGAGGUUUAUGAAAAGGAAUGUAAGAAUCUUUUUGUUCAUUUAGAUAAAGUGGAGGCUAUAUUAAAGGCCAAGCAUGAACAAAAUGAAAAGUUCUUGCUAGGUAACCAAUUAACUGAAGCUGAUGUUAGAUUGUACACAACUAUCGUCAGAUUUGAUCCAGUUUAUGUUCAACAUUUCAAGUGUAACAUUGGAACAAUUAGACACGAUUACCCUCAUAUUCAUGAAUGGUUGAGAUUAUUGUAUUGGAAAAUUCCUGGAUUCCAACAAACCACCGACUUUGAUCAUAUUAAAUUCCAUUAUACAAAGUCUCAUAUUGCCAUUAACCCCCAUGGAAUUACUCCUCUUGGUCCAAUUCCAAACAUUUUACCAUUAGAGAAGUAAUUUGGUUAUGUUUCUUCUAACACGCGUCUUGUUUUUCUAAUUGCUUGGAUUGUGUUUUGACUUUACGUGUUUCUACCUCUGUUUACAUAAAAAAAAAAUUAAUCAAUUUCAGUUCUAAUACCACUUUGUUACAAUCGUAGUUGC